UCCCAAGAAGAUGUAUUCCUUUACCUUUGUGCUAAAUUUCAAUUGAUGAAAAAAAUGAAACUGUUAUAAAACCAAUGGCAUUCCUUUAUGAAGGACCAUCGUAUAUCCAUGUUUCUCGCCAUCCGUGUGUCUAUCUUUUUACAUUUUCUGGUCAAAUCAAUCAUCUGCAUAAUUACAGUAUUAGAAAUACAAAUAUCUGCAAAGGUUUAUAAACAAAGGGUAGUGUGAGAAGCACGGGAGCGAAAACUUAAUCUGUCUACCCUUCUUGUACGUUAUCCUUCAGUCACACACCUCUUUGGACAUGGCAGAUAACAGAAGAUCUCAAAGCAUCAAGUCUUUGGGGAGACAAAGCACACCUGGACUUUUGAACUUCAAUCCUGACAACUGGAAUCAAUCAAGCAAUAACCAGAAAACCCAAGACAACCCCGCAUUUCGAGAUGAUGAGGAAGCAGGCUCGGCAGGGACUACAGAAAGCCAACAAGAAGAAUCGCCUAGUAGUAUGGAGCAAGGUGUAAAUAAUGGUCAGACAAGUGACCCGAAACCGCUGCCAUGUAAGAAUAUCAUCGUUAUUGUUCUUUCUCUCCUUUUCUGUUUCAUUGGUUGCAUUAACUACAUAGGCAGUAUUGGUCUGGAGGUUUUGUGCAUGUGGGAUCUGAACUUGGGGCGAAGCAUGGCAAACUCAGUGGCAGGGAUGCAUACAAACCAAACUUGGUCAAGGAUAAACGACACAUGUGAUCCCGCGAAAUCUCAGGAGGAUAUCCCUUAUGACCUGAUUGACCUUGUACUUUACAUUCAACCUGCCAUUGUUGUUAUCUUCUGGAAAUUCAAAUUGGCAAAGCACGUUGAUGAAUACGAAGGAGGUUACGGUACCGACAAACAGGAGAAAAACUACCGUUUGCGUCGCACUUGCUACUUCAUUUCCUUGAACUGGUUAUUCCUUUUCCUUUUCCACUGCGUGGAAUGUACAAGUUGUUCUUUCUUAAACCCCAACGUUGUUUUCGGCACGGCGAUUGAAAUUAUAAACAAAACAGCUUGCCCCUGGAUAAGCAUCGCCUUUCAAAUGACGCUAGUGCCCGUGUACAGCUUGUGCUGUUGGUACGCCACUAACAUGGCAUGCGUGCUUCGCCGACGAGCUAAGAAGAUAAAGGAAAAAUCCGAGCAACUUUUUGGCACUGAUAAUCAAACUAAAGAUCCAAGGGCGAUUCUAAAGGAACUAUAUACGGAGUUACUCUAUGAUACUUGGGGUGAGAAAGUUUGGAAGAAUAUUUCUUUUGUCAUGAACAUCAUGAUGUAUAUCGCCGUCAUCCUUUGUCUACUUUACACACAUGUGUACAUAUCGGAAGUCGAGCUGACACUGGGGGCAUGGUUUAGUCACUUCAUGCGGCUGUUGACUAUAGCAUCUCUAGCUCUAACACCUUACAUGCACGUUGCAUUUGCCUGUGUUAGAGUGACCGAAGCGUUUAAGAAGAUGUCAGAAAAAAGUAUAGAAGCCGAGCGACAGGAUUACCAUACAGACAGUAAGUACAAUGAUCAUAUUGCUGAUUAUGAAUCUCGGGACUCAGGUCAUGUUGACAUGGGAGAUAUAGCAGUGCAGUGCGGUAUCCCCAGCGAGAGGGAGAAGAGAGCUGAUCGAAUAAAAAAUCGUGUCCAAGUGACCAAAGCGAUGAAAGCAAGGCGGAACGAUUUAACAUUUGAAGAUUCCCACACUAACCAGAGUGCUAAAUCUGAGGAAGUUAAGAUAGCUAUUGAAAUAAAAGAGAUAGUCCAGUCGAGUGAAAGACGUGCACAGUGGGCCAGGCUAAUCAAAGAGAUAGCCAAAGCUCAGGAUACAGUGCUUUAUAAUGGGAUACUUAGUUCGCUGUACACAACCCGGAAUGGUGUACACUGGACUAUGUUAGGCAUGGUAGGCGCUGUGGCAUGGGAAGUUCUUGACCACUUAAAUGCCUUUGACGAGAGCAAGGUCAGUGACACAAGUAAGGAAAGGUUUAUGGUGGCAUUGUUCGGUGCUCUGGCACUUGCAGCCGGCAUGUCAGGGGUGCUGUUUGUGUUGUUUUGGCAGAUCUGUGGCUGCUGCGGUUGUGGCAAUGUGCCGUUCAAAAAGACAUGUUGCACAAACCUAUCGUACAAAACAGGUGAAACGGACAAAACGAAAACGAAAAUUUGCCUGGUCGCAUUUGCAACCCUUAUCCUAUGGAGCACAAUAUAUACUUGUUUCUACUUCGCCGUCUCCGAGGAUAAUGAUUGCACAAUGGAACUGAAUCCUCUUGUUACAUAGUAAGUGAAUAAAAUAAUAGGUAAAGUGGAGGAAUGGGCAGUACACAUAUUAAGGAAUCUAUACCAAUUUUUUAUUUGACUUUCUACGUGUAAC